CCUAUGAAAAAGGUCCGCACCCGCUACGCGCCUUCACCGACUGGCAACCUUCACAUCGGAGGGGCGCGAACCGCCCUUUUUUGCUACCUUUUCGCCAAGCAUUACGGCGGAGAUUUUAUUGUUCGCAUUGAAGACACCGACCAACUUCGUAACGUUGCCAAAGCCGAGGAGUCCCAGUUAGACAACUUAGCUUGGCUCGGAAUAAGCGCCGAUGAAUCACCGCAAAAACCAAACGCUAAAUUUGGCCCUUACCGCCAAAGCGAGAAGUUAACUCGCUACCAGCAAAUUAUUGACCUUCUGAUCCAAAAGGGUCACGCUUACUACGCUUACGACACGAUUGAAGAACUUGAGAAGCAGCGCGCCGCGCAAAUUGAGCGCGGCCUUUACUCGUUUCGGUACGACAAAAAGUGGCUUAAAUUAACCAAGGCCGAGCAAAAACUGCGUCACGACGCAGGUCAUUACGUAGUUCGGUUAGCGCUCCAAGCGGGCAAAAUCUACCGGUGGAAGGACUUAGUCCGCGGGCCCAUCCAAGUCGCUGCCGAAGAGAUCGGCGACUUUGUGAUUCAGAAAGAAGACCGCUUUCCAACUUACAACUUAGCCGUGACAGUCGACGACCACGACAUGCAAAUUAGCCACGUCUUGCGGGGUGAAGAGCACAUCACUAACACGCCUAAGCAACUAGCGCUCUACGAGGCACUUGGUUGAGCGCCGCCCGAGUUUGCUCACCUAACCAUCAUCACCAAUUUAGAGGGUAAAAAACUCUCCAAACGAGACUUAUCAACUCACCAAUACAUUGAAGAUUACCGCCACGAAAAUUAUCCUCCCGCCGCGAUUUUUAACUUUUUAGCCUUGCUUGGUUGGUCGCAUCCCAACAAGCAAGAACUGCUUUCCCGCGAGGAACUUAUCAAAGACUUUGAUCCGGGCCGGUUUUCCCGUUCACCGAGUAAAUUUGACGCCCAAAAACUAGACUGGUUUGCCAAGCAGUACGUUAAAAGAACUCCUAACGCCCAACUAAUUAAAAAACUUGCUUUACAAAACCCGCCUAAUCACGAGUGGUUAAAUUUAUUCGUGGAAACUUACAAACAAAACUGCCCGUCUUACCUAGCGCUCAAAAACUACUUUUUGAUGUACCAAAAUCCGAGCGCUGAAAAGCAAAAACUGACCGGCGUCAGCCAAGUUUUUGCCAAGGAAUUAGCCAGAGCACCUUUUUCGCCCGAAGGAAUUAGCCAGGCGCUUGAAAAAACCGCCGCCAUCACCCAAGCCCGUGGCAAAGACCUUUACUUGCCAAUCCGCUUAGCAACGACCCAGUUAAAGGAAGGCCCUGAAUUAAGAAACGCGAUUUUUCUCUACGGCCAAAAAAUUAUUUACAAGCGACUCGGAAUUAAGAAGGAGUCUUUUUCUUGUGAAACAUGCGGUUAA